ACACACAAAAAGAAAGAGAAAAUUUGCAGAAACAACAACAAUGGGGAGCUGUUCAUGUGCAUCGAUAUCUUCGAUUCCUGAAAGGAUCUUCCAUGAAGAACAAUACUCGGAGCUUGAAUUUUCAGAUGAAACAGCGAUUGAUCACCAAAAUCGAUCUGCGUUUUUCAAGUACGAAGAUUCAUGGUCGAAGAACAACAGCAGCAUUCGGAGGAAGAAAAAUCAAGUGUUCCUUGAAGGUUACGUGGAGACAUCCGAUGAAGAUGAUCUCGUUAGGGCUAAGAGCUUAACCGACGAAGAUCUCGAUGAACUCAAAGGCUGUUUCGAUUUAGGGUUUGGGUUUAGUUACGAUGAAAUUCCGGAGCUCUGUAACACUUUGCCGGCUCUCGAAUUGUGUUAUUCCAUGAGUCAGAAGUUUCUAGAUGAACAACAGAAGUCACCGGAGGUGUCGUCGCCUAGGGCGGCGGAACCUUUGAAUGAAACCGCGUCACCGCCACCGCCACCGCCACCGCCACCGGCUCCUAUUGCUAAUUGGAAGAUCUCCAGUCCUGGUGAUCAUCCUGAAGAUGUGAAAGCAAGGCUCAAGUAUUGGGCACAAGCAGUAGCUUGCACAGUUAGAUUAUGCAACUAGCAAAUUUUAUGUUUUUAUGCACCAGUAUGAGAUAAAAUUCCCGAUCUUGGAGACGCAAUUGUGCUAUGGUUGAACCUCCACCACCGUCUGCUGGCGGUGGAGGAGGGAGGAGGUGGUGAACUUUCCGGCAUGAUGAUAACUUUCGAAAUCUUGAUCUGGAGAUGGAUAAUUGAUUGAUUUGAUUUCCGUCGAUGAGGGGUUGCGGUAUGAAGAAACGAAUGAGGGUGGACGACUCUAAUCUUGUAUUGAUUCUAAUGAUUUUGACAGCCAAAAUUGAUAGUUUGUAUGAUGAUUUCAUUUGUAAUUUGAGGAAUAAUAAUGAAAUAAGAGUUUUCCAUCUCCUUUUAGUUUCUAAA